UCCUUGGUGGUGUUUUUCUGGGAGGAGUGGGGGAGCGGGCACAACGCUGAGUAGGCAAAGAAAAUAGAAUAACCAACAACUAAUGGUACAAACCGAGCACUCUGAGACUUGGACGUUACCACAUAGAUGAAGUUAACCGGGGACAGCUUUUAUAGACCGUGUUUUAGUGGACCCAGUGGGUCCAGACUUUUAAUGACCGAGCAGGCGUACUGGACUCGAGAAUAAAGGGGAGCAGGCGGACACAACGACAUCAAAAGACUCCCUGGGAAAGAAAGGCAUGCUAACCUACGUGUGGCUUCAUAAAAGCAUCUUACAGUAAGCUUUUGUUCGGAAUCUCGCUUUGAAGAGCCUGAGUUAAGUUGAGUUAUCUCUCCUUUGUAGAUAAGUCAUUGGUAAGGCUGCUGCAAAUUUCCUUUGUUAUUAAGCCCAAGACAAGGAGGUAACUCUAGCUGAAGCUGCACGGCGCCCAGUUUUAAGACCUGUAUGCUUUUCUCUUGGUAAACUUUUCAACCUCUCAGUAAGUUGGAUAAGGAGCCCCACUUGUAGUCCACUUCUGGCACAUUGGGAGUAGAUGGAGAACCAGGCCCGCAUGAUGCUGGGUCACACUGGACUGGGUGGACUGUCUGAAGAUGUGGGAGAUCCUGACAACAUAAGGAAACAUCACAGCCUUGGUCAGCAGCAGGACAUCGGUGACAUCCUCCAUCAGAUCAUGACCAUCACAGAUGAGAGUCUGGAUGAGGCUCAGGCCAGGAAACAUGCUUUAAACUGCCACAGCAUGAAGCCCGCCCUCUUCAGUGUCCUUUGUGAGAUAAAAGAGAAAAUGGGUCUGGGUAUCAGAGGCAUCCAGGAAGAGGAUGGCCCGGACCCUCAGAUCAUGCGACUCGACAACAUGCUUUUGGCAGAAGGGGUUGCCGGUCCGGAGAAGGGUGGGGCGUCUGCAGCGGCAGCGGCUGCUGCUGUUGCAGCCGGAGCAGUGCCAAAUGACGGCAGCUUACAGCAGGGCGAGUACAGAGAGAAGCUCACUCAGAUACGACAGAUGUACCAUGCAGAGCUGGAGAAAUACGAACAGGCAUGCAAUGAAUUCACAGACCACGUGAUGAACCUGCUGAGGGAACAGUCCCGUACACGACCCGUCUCACCCAAAGAGAUUGAGCGAAUGGUGGGAAUCAUCCACCGAAAAUUCAACACCAUCCAGGUACAGCUAAAGCAGAGCACAUGUGAAGCUGUCAUGAUCCUGCGCUCCAGGUUUCUGGAUGCUAGGAGGAAACGGAGAAAUUUCAGCAAACAGGCUGCAGAGAUUCUCAAUGAAUACUUUUACUCCCAUCUAUCCAACCCGUACCCCAGUGAAGAGGCCAAAGAGGAGCUGGCCAGGAAGUGUUCGAUCACCGUUUCUCAGGUGGCCAACUGGUUUGGAAACAAGAGGAUUCGGUAUAAGAAGAACGUUUCAAAGCUCCAGGAGGAGGCUAACAUGUACGCCAUGAAGACAGCUGCCAGUGCGUCCUCACAGGCCAGCCAAGGAAACUCUCCAGCAACGCCAAACUCAGGCGGGUACCCAGCUCCGUGUUACACCCCUGACGCGAGGUUAUGAGGACAUACCUCUUCCCUCCUUACUGUCUCCAUGUCUCUGAUGGCUGGCUAGAUGGUGGCAAUACAACCCAGACUGUGGGCUGAACCUUUAGCUGAGCCACAAACUCUGCAAAAACUCUCUUUUAAUCCCCUUACUUAUGAAUGUGUUGAUAUUUUGUUUCCUUUAACAAGUGCUUACCUUUUUAUUUCAAUGACAUAAAUUAGAAAACCAGACAAAAAGAACGCAUGUGACAGCCUUUUUUUUGAGUUUGAACUUUUGUUUCAUUAUUAAGUUUAAGUUUUUUGACAAUGAAGUUGUGACGGGUAAAACAAAACAUCUAAAUGGCAAAAAGAACCAAAAACUAAUAAAACAUACUUUCAUUU